AUUUCAGUGCAAAGUAGCUUACAGAAGAUAUGAUUGCUUACAGAAGAUAUGAUUGUUGUCUGAGGCAUACUCGAAGUCUUAAACAUCGAUCUUCUUUUUCGUUUUAUCUGAGACAUGAGUCUGCGAUAUGGUAUUCCAGUUUCUGAUGUUAAAUAUGAUGUAAAGAAUUGAAAAAAUAUCCAACGUUGGUGGCAAAUGGAAGAGAACUAACUACAUGGUCAGUCACUUGUGCAACAAUUUUAUCCAGAGUGGGAAAUGUGAACGAGUUCAAGGAAUUUUUGCUCAUAUGCUAAAGCAUACCUGCAAAUCGGCAAGAAUGGUAGAAAACCGAACUCAUUAGCAAGCAUAUCACGUGAAGUGUUCACGCGAUAAUCAUUAACGCUUUUGUUUUCGAGCAAUUAAGAUGCAUAGAUUCAUUGAAAUCUCAGAAAUUAACUCCAUAAGGAGAAAAAAAUCUGGUUUUCUGAUUGUUGCGCCUAAAUAAUCACCCCCUUUCGCGCAAAUAACGCUCUCCUUCAUGCUUUCCUCGUCACUGCCUGCACUUUUAGCCUGCUGGAAAUGGUAGAAAACAUUUCAGUUUUCUGCAGUGGUGUAUAUAAGCAUAUCAGCUAAGAGCUUCAAGACUUUGCUGGUAUUCCUACACUUCCUUCUACAACCUCCUUCCUGAGAAACCAGUCUACUAAUUGCUUCCUUCAAACAAUGUUGCCAGCAAUUGCUAAUGGUCGCAUGUCAAACAAUGGGAACCCUGCAGAAAACGGUAACGGUGGGAAUCCGGAUAGGCCAGCUUUGAGGAAUUGGAGAAACAAGCUGACUAUCCUUCUUAUUGACGAAUCUGAAAACCACAGGAUUCUGGGGACGGCUUAUCUUACAGCUUAUGGUGUCGAAACUACAUCUGUGACUGAUGGACGGGCUGCUUUGGAGCUCAUAUUUUCUGGUGCUAGGUUCAGUUUGAUCCUCAUUGACAUGCAUAUGCGCUAUAUGAGCGGGGCACAGUGUGUGAGUCACCUUCGAACCAUGGGAGUGAGGUCCCUGAUGCUCGGUAUGACAACUUUUUGUAGAGAAAGAGAGGAACGGGCAUUUCUGGAAGCGGGGGUAAUGGCUUCAUUCCAAAGCCUCUUAGUCCUGAUAACUUUCUUCAAGUCCUGGAAGCGCUGGAUAACAACCAGGGAUGAAAAGCCAGGCUGAUCCAGCCUAAAUCAAGGACUUUAUUUAUUUAUUUUCAUUUCUUAGUUGUUGUGCCCUUGUACUUUGUUUUCAAUAUUUCAAUAAAAUG